ACUACAUCUUUAAUUUCCACGCAUUCGGUUGCAUUAAUUGUCAUACCAAAUGCAUAUAAGACAACUACCGUAAGAAACGAUACCGUUAUUCUUAAAAGAGUCUUAAAAGAUAGCACAUUCUAUGCACAAACUCUUAUACUUGAUAUCGUGAGACUUCUCAGAACCAUGUGGUAUUAUAGCAUACCACGAUCAUAUGUUCAUUACUUACUACUUCCAAUAACCGUAAGACAUUACGAAAAUAUAUUACUUCCUAGGUUUGUUUUCUUGAGUGAAGUUACCAUUAUAUACGACAGAGAAGUAGAUUCCAUUAUAAAAAACAGAAAAGCAACAUGUUCGGUAGCACGUACUGUGAUACAAGAAAUAUUUAGUGAUUGGUUAGUUCCGUUUAGACAGUCUGAUCUUUGGUUUAUUGAAGGAUUUUCAACAGUAUACGGAGUUUAUAUUCGCGAUAAGUAUUACAAUACAUCUUUACUAAAGUCGAUUGUGAUCCAAACACGACGGAUAUUUUUCGAUUAUACAGAAGCAAUUACAAAGGAAUCUCCAUUUCGAGAAAAUUCACUCAUAUCACACAAUUCAACUCUUACUAAACUGUGGCAAGAAAAAGGUAAAGAACCAGAAAUUUAUUGA